GUGUAAUAAAGCGCAUCAUGUGAUUAAUAGAUUGUUUAGGUUUUCCUUUCCAGCGCGAUAUAACUCACUGAACAUCGGCUCUAGGACCCAGGUGCGCGGCAGCCACCAGACACCGGUUGAUGAGAUGGUCCACUCUGCGUUACACAUAUAACGUUAAUUACCCGACAAAGAGCGGCUGCACGCACAGGACACAGUAGUCGGAGGAGAACUUACUAGACGGUGCAGGUGGACUACAAUACCGAGAGAAGUGAGAGCAUUUUUCGCUGUCUUUGUCCGUCCGCUUCAGCCCGCACCGUGGCAAGAAAGCCCGUCGCUUGUCUCACUGGCGACAACCAUGAGCCAGAGGUUCACCGUCUCCAAGAGUGACGGCGCCCGGCGCACCUCAGACAUCCAGGGGGAGGUGAACCAGCUGUUUGAGGGAGACGAGCCCCCAUCCAGCAGCGGCGCGGAGGGGGAGGAUGCUGCUGGUACCGAGGUGGUGGUAGUGCUGAAAGGUGACAGCAACCCCAAGGAGAGCAGCCCCUUCAUCAACAGCAGCGAUGCAGCCGCAGAGAAGAGCCAGCAGUAUGACGGCAAGAACAUGGCCUUGUUUGAGGAGGAGAUGGACACCAGCCCCAUGGUGUCGUCUCUUCUCAGCAGCCUGGCCAACUACUCCAACCUGCCCCAAGGUAGUAAGGAGCACGAGGAGGCCGAGAACAACGAGGCUGAGUCAUCGCGCAAGAAACCCGUCAAGGCCCCCCAGCUCGGCACUUUGAUGGGUGUCUAUCUGCCGUGCAUCCAGAACAUCUUCGGAGUGAUCCUCUUCCUCAGGAUGACCUGGUUGGUUGGAAUUGGAGGAGUCAUUGGGACUUUCAUCAUCGUCUUCAUGUGCUGUUCCACAUUAAACCAACUAGAGGAGAACCUGUUUGGGACCUACUAUGAGAAGGGGGAUCUGAUUGCCAGAAAGAACAUGGAGUCAAACGAAGACCAGGACGACCCUCUGACCAACGCAAACCGCUAUGUGUUGGCUGACAUCACCAGCUUCUUUACGUUGCUGGUUGGCAUCUACUUCCCUUCUGUGACAGGGAUCAUGGCUGGCUCCAACCGCUCCGGAGACCUGCGUGAUGCCCAGAAGUCAAUCCCCAUUGGAACCAUUGCAGCCAUAACCACCACCUCCACUGUCUACAUGACCAGCGUGGUUCUGUUUGGUGCCUGCAUCGAUGGUGUGGUCCUCAGGGACAAGUUUGGAGAAGGAGUCCACGGGAACUUGGUGAUUGGCACAUUGGCUUGGCCGUCGCCAUGGGUGAUCGUGAUUGGCUCCUUCUUCUCCACCUGCGGGGCGGGGCUGCAGAGUCUGACAGGAGCUCCUCGGCUACUGCAGGCCAUCGCCAAGGACAACAUUGUGCCCGCGCUUCGGAUCUUUGGCCAUGGGAAGGCCAACGGGGAACCCACAUGGUCCCUCCUGCUGACAGCUUGCAUCUGCGAGAGCGGCAUCCUCAUUGCUUCCCUGGAUGCAGUGGCUCCCAUCCUCUCCAUGUUUUUCCUGAUGUGCUACAUGUUUGUGAACUUGGCCUGUGCUCUGCAGACAUUGCUCAGAACUCCAAACUGGAGACCCCGCUUCAAGUUCUACCACUGGACUCUGUCCUUCCUGGGGAUGAGCUUGUGUCUCACACUCAUGUUCCUCUGUUCCUGGUACUAUGCCAUUGUCGCCAUGGUAAUUGCCGGCUCUAUCUACAAGUACAUCGAGUUUGCAGGUGCGGAGAAAGAGUGGGGUGAUGGGAUACGAGGUCUGUCUCUGAGCGCUGCACGUUACGCUCUCAUGCGGCUAGAGGAAGGUCCCCCACACACCAAGAAUUGGAGGCCCCAGUUGCUGGUGCUGGUUAGUACAGACGGAGAGCAAAAUGUGGAGCAGCCUCGUCUGCUCUCUCUGACCAACCAGCUGAAGGCAGGCAAAGGUCUGACCAUUGUUGGUACAGCUCUAGAGGGGACGUACCUGGAGAACCACGACCGGAGCCAGCGUGCAGAGCAGGCGUUGCGUAAACUGAUGGAGACUGAGAAGGUGAAGGGCUUCUGCCAAGUAACUGUGUCCUCGAACCUGCGUGAUGCCACCUCCCACCUCCUCCAGGCCAGUGGGCUAGGAGGCCUCAAACAUAACGCUGUGCUGGUAUCCUGGCCACGCAACUGGAGGCAGGGAGAUGAGCUCCAGACCUGGAGGAACUUCGUUGAGUUGGUCAGAGAAACCACAGCUGCUCACCUGGCUCUGCUUGUCCCAAAGAACAUCGCAGCCUUCCCGUCGAAUGGAGAGCGUUUCACUGAGGGUCACAUUGAUGUGUGGUGGAUCGUCCAUGAUGGAGGCAUGCUCAUGCUGCUGCCCUUCCUCCUCCGCCAGCACAAGGUUUGGAGGAAGUGCAAGAUGCGCAUCUUCACGGUGGCCCAGUUGGACGACAACAGCAUCCAGAUGAAAAAGGACCUGACCACAUUCCUCUAUCACCUCCGCAUUGACGCCAUGGUGGAAGUUGUAGAAAUGCAUGACAGCGACAUCUCAGCCUACACUUACGAGAAGACCCUGGUAAUGGAACAACGGUCGCAGAUGCUUAAACAGAUCAACCUGACCAAGACCGAGCGUGAGAGAGAGAUCCAGAGUAUCACAGAUUCAUCCCGCGGGUCUAUCCGCCGUAAGAACCCAGCCGCUGUAACGACCCAGCUGAGUGUGACCGAGGACCCGCCAGCAGCCAGCAAGGAGGAGAAGCCUGAGGAAGAGGUCCAGCUCAUCCAUGACAACACCACCCCUGCAAGCCCUGCAACCCCGGCCACCCCACUGACCCCCGCAGAGGGGGCCCAGAGCCCUGGGGAGCAGGUCCAGAUGACCUGGACUGAGAAGUGCGACGGUGAGCCAGCCAAGCCGCCUGGUGCAGCCACACCAGAGGGCAUCAAAGACAUCUUCAACAUGAAGCCGAACCAGUUCAAUGUGCGACGUAUGCACACAGCGCUCCGGCUGAAUGAAGUCAUCAUCAAAAAGUCCUCAGAAGCCAAGCUAGUCCUUCUCAACAUGCCCGGGCCACCCAAGAACCGGACAGGUGACGAGAACUACAUGGAGUUCCUCGAGGUCCUCACUGAUGGUCUCAACCGGGUCCUCCUGGUCCGCGGAGGCGGCCGUGAGGUUAUCACUAUCUACUCCUGAAAGAGUAACCCCCUACAACCCCACCCCUCCCUCAACCCUGUUCCUGUAUCACCUGUACUCCCACCCUCUCAUCAACGCUGCUUCAUCAUCAUGUCACCCUUGCCGUUUAUUUCUGUAAGAUAGUCCUCUCACACCCGACCAAUAGCCCAGCUCAGCUUCAGCACCUCUCCCUCAGCUCCACCCCCAGCUGCAACGAUGCUUGGCUACCAAACCCUUCAUUAUAGUCCAAUAAGCUACUAUAACUAUUGUAGGUUCUAGACUAAUUUAGAUGCUACCUAGAUUUGUUCUUCAAGAGACCUUUUUUUUCUUUUCUAGUCUUUUAAUCUGCUGUAGUAACUCGCAUUGAGUUGGAGUCACUUGGUGAGGAGGAGGAGGAGGUGGUGGUGGGUUGUUAGCUGAGGUGUGAGCGCACAUGCAUGUAUGUGUCUCUGCAGUCUAUUUAUUUAUUUAUUUUUUUUGUUUUUUCAAAUACAAAUGUGACAUAGCAGCGGCUUCUGCUCGGAAAGAACAAGAGGCAGCUGAAAUGA